GAGUUGUCCCAUUCGCCGUCCCGUACGUACUCGUCCAACCUAGCAUUUUUCACCAUACUCGUCGAACUUCUGCAGCACACGCAAAGACACACGUGCUCGCGUCGUGUUUGAGAGUGCUCGUUGAAGACCCAUCAUACAAACUAGGGCAUCCCUCCUUUGCAAGAAACCACCCUUUCUACUCGUGCUGCGAAAGGUUUUCUAUCCGGUUCAGAGCAACUACGCUUUGAAUAAUAAUCAUUGAAGACUUCACGAGAUCUCGUCCUUUGCAGACAUCAAACAUGAAAGAAAAUUGUCAGGACAUGGAGCUGGUGGCCGCAGGAAAGAAUGGCAUAUGCAAUGGAGUACCCAAAGAAGUACCGACGCAAAACGGAACGUGCCUCCCAAACGAUGCCUCGCUUCCAAAGCAAGAGGGACGCAAGCAAUGGUCACAGGGAACGCAGUUUUUCCUCUCCUGCCUUUCCAUGUCUAUCGGGCUGGGCAACGUGUGGCGCUUUCCCACCCUCGCUUACCAGAAUGGCGGAGGUGCCUUUCUCGUCCCAUACUUCAUCGUCCUCUUCAUCGUCGGCAAGCCAGUCUACUUUCUUGAGCUCGCCAUUGGACAGUUCGUGGGCAAAAGCCUCGUCAAAAUAUGGAACUGCGUUCCAGGACUUAGAGGAAUCGGGGUAGCCCAAGUGCUGUCCACAUUUUACCUCACCAUCUCGUACAACUACAUUAUGGCGCUGUGUCUUUUCUACAUGUUCGCCUCCAUGCAAAGUGCACUACCCUGGACGUCGUGCAACCCGGAAUGGAGCACGGCCAACUGUUUGGACAACACGGUGAACAACUCAUUCGCGAGCAACUACACGUCUGCAGCAGAAGAGUAUUUUCAGAGGAACGUCCUGAAGGAUUCCGGCGGCUUUUCCAAUCUCUCUGCUAUGGACUGGAGGAUGGCUCUGUGUUUCCUCCUCACAUGGACUAUCAUGGCCAUGUCUACAUUCAAGGGAAUUCGUUCUGUUGGAAAAGUGGUCUACUUGACAUCAUCAUUUCCAUACCUCGUCAUGAUCUCCCUGCUCAUCAUCACGUGCACUCAGGACGGUGCUUGGACAGGAAUCAAGGCUUUCUUUGUACCAGACUGGGAAAAGAUAUUCCACAUUGAGGUGUGGUUUCGGGCAUGCGAGCAGUCAUUCUUUUCCCUCUCUACAGCGUUCGGGCACCUCAUAAUGUACGCCAGUUACAACGACUUCAGACAUCAAGUUGGACGGGACGCUUUUUUCAUCAGCAUAGCUGACACGUGCACCAGUAUCCUUGCAGGGUGCGUCGUGUUCGCCUCAUUAGGAACUCUCGCGCAUGAGCUGCGAGUAGAAGACGUAUCGCAAGUCCUUAAGGGAGAAUCCGACCUGGGCCUGGCAUUUGUCACCUAUCCCGAGGCUCUCAGUCGCAUCUCUUUUGUACCUCAGCUAUGGUCAGUCUUGUUCUUCUUGAUGCUGUACCUUCUAGGACUUGGAAGCAGCGUAGGAGAUGUUGAACUCAUCAUGACCGUGCUGAAUGACCAAUACCCCUCUCUUAAGAGAUGGCGCAGCUACUUGUCGGUUCUCACCUGCGUCAUUUGCUUUGGAACCGGUCUCAUCCUAUGCACUGACAGUGGGAAUUAUCUUCGGCUCUUGUUCGACAACUACGGAGUCGGGCAAGCUGUGUUCUUGUACGCCAUACUGGAAAUUGUCGGUCUAAUGUGGAUUUAUGGAUGGAAGGCUAUAUGCAAGGACUUCGAGUACAUGCUCGGGAGCAAGAUAUCCUGGUUUUGGAAAGCCACAUGGGGAUUCGUUACGCCUGUAGUGCUAAUUGCAAUCUUUGUCUACGGCAAUAUUGGUCUCGAAGAAAGCGGCGAGUCAAAGCUUCCUCCUCUGGGUCAUGCCAUUGGCUGGCUUCUCGCUGCUGUCGCUAUUGGUCAGGUUCCGCUUUGGAUGAUCGUUACGUACAUCAGAGCCCCCGGGAAAACGCUGGCGAGUAAACUGAAGUCUACGUUUACGCCAAACGACCAGUUCGGCCCUCGAGACCUUAGGAUUCGCAAAGACUGGAAGGAAUGGGUGGCCGCUGGAAGACCCGAUCUCCUAAAGAAGGAUCAAGAGAUCAGCAGUGGUGUCGACAACCAGUGUUUCAGUACAGAAGCGAACAUAUGAUUACAUCGUCAUUAGCGCUAUUUAUGACAGGACUUGCAGGUGGAAUCUAGACUGUUUUAUAUCCACGUGCGCCUAUACGAGUGGACGGAACUUGGUGAAAUGACGUGAUGACAAAGCACAGUUGUGAUUACGGAAGCGACGACGCUAAAGACUCCACGGACGUGGUAUGCUCAUCGACGAAGAUAUCCCUCUCGCACUCGGUGUAUGCUACAUCAACUAUAAUAUGUGACCAACCAAUGAUGUGGACGUUGUGUACCAGAGGCGACAGUCUCCCGAUUUUAGUUUCAUAAAAAGUUUUUAUCUGG